UUGGCUACUUCUCUUACAGUGGCUAGAGACUCUUCUUUCAACUGCUAGAAGAAAAAAGAGCUGCAGAAGAAAAACAUCAUAUCAAUUCAAGAUAUGGUCUUCGAGAUUCUGGACCUCUUGUUUGGUUUGCCCUUUGCACGGGAGCCUUUUUCUGAUCCCAUGCUGGGAGUCUCUACACCAUCGAACAUUAGAGACGAAUUGGAAUCCGCCAAAAGAGACUUCCUUCAAGCUAAUAUUGUCGUGAAGUCGAAGAAAGCGUUUUUACCAAAAGUGCUUAAAAGAUACACGAAAGAAGCAUCGAUUUCAGCAGAUGAUCUUCUUGAUUGGAUUGCUGAAAGUGCAGGCAAGAAGGCUCACGAUUCAAUGAAGAAAUGCAUUGAGAGUGCAAAUACCAAAAAAGCUUCUCGGAUUAUUGAAUGGUUGCCUUACAAUUCAAGGUUCCGAUAUGUGUUUGCCAAGGAUCUACUAGAGAAGCCUUGGUGGGUAUUGAAGUCUAAACGAAAUCUGGUGGAGGCUGGCUAUAGAUAUAAUCAAAAUUGGAUGUUCAUUCUUUAUAUUUAGUUGUCAUCUUUCCCAAUGUUAAUUACUUGUCUGAUCUUGUUGAAAAA